UUCUGGUUGAGACGUUGGGUUGCCUUUAGGUCAGAUGACGUCAUCAGCAAAGAGAGGUAGUCUUAGGUAAGAUGGCGUCAUCAGCCAAGAGAAACGACAUGGCUUCUUCCUUCCCAAUUCGGACGCUUCUGUGGCUUCUUCUCGCCCACCUGCUCUGGCGAGGACUUGCAGGGCCGCGCAUGCAGCAGUCAGGGCUCACGUUCCCUACAAGGACCCGCACUCUUCCUCCACGGAGACAGCGGCUACCACGCGCGCAGCCCCUCAGUGGGCAUCUGCGAGUCACGUGUCGUUCUGCGCCUGCGCAGUCCUGUGUGUUCAUCGUUGUGCGGUAGCGCGAGGCCGCCUCAGGUGAGUCCGUGUCCGCCCACACGGGGAAGCUGAGGCUCAGGGCAGAGGGGUGUGUGAGGGGACGCAGUGAGGGCGCCUCCCCCGGGAGUCAGGGCAGGCGGCAGGGAGGGGGCGGCGCAGGUCCUGGGAGGCCUCAGGGCCCCGCAGCGGGGUGGUCGGGUCAGGGGAAGCUGUGGCUGAGGGGCGUGGGAGCGGCGUCCGCGGCGGAGGGGGCGUCCGGGCCUCCCCCGCCCUGGGUCGGGCCCCGGGACCUCCGGGCCGGGCGGGAGCGGGGCUGUGCCCACCUGCGUCCUCCGGAAGUGGCCGGGCUGCGACCCCACAGGAGGGGCUGAGGGCGGGGACGACCCCACCCCGGGGCGCAUCAGCCCACCUGAGGGGCGGCUCCGGGAGGCCCGUGUCCUUGGUGCUGGGUCGGGCCCCGGGACCUCCGGGCCGGACUGAGGUGCCUGCAGGGGACUGCCCCCACGGCUGCUCCUGGACCCACCCCCAACACGGCAGACACCGGGGCCCCACGGACACUCCCACCCUUGUGCAGUGCAGAAGUGCUGGGGCCAUGGGUGCUGGGAACCCCCGGCCCCACACAGAGAGGGAUCAGUGCAGGAGCCCAGGGAGGAGGAGCCUGGACUGUGGGCGGGGCUCUCAUGGCCCAGCCUCCCACAGCCUGAGCUGGCAGGUGCUGCUCCUCUGGCGACAGACACCUGCCCCUGCUGCCCUGAUACCAGUCCCCUCCCUCACCGAGAAACCCGGCACAGGGUGUGCGGCACGGGACCCGGCUGGCCCGCGGUGCCCCCAUGCUCUCAGUUCCCGGGGGAGCUCGGGCCUCUGCCCCCAGACACCCUCCCUCCCUCACAAGUGCUCGCCAGGCCUCGGGCCCGCCAGCCCCCAGCAGGACCCCACCCAGGCCCGUGUCCCCUGUUGUGGGCCCUCCUGCACCUGCCACAGCCACAGCUGGGCUGCAGCUCAGCCACACCUCUGUAGGGUCUGCCUUCUUCAUCUGCUCUCAUCAGCUCCGAGAGGCCUGGAAGAUUCCGUCACCCUCCCCACGGGAUCCAGCCCUCCCCACUCCCCUCCCCCCGCCCCAGCCCCCACACCUGCACUCAACCACUCAGGAAAGGGAAGUGCGUGUCUCGGCCACCUGGCCUGUGCAGGCAGAACCAGAACCCUAACUGGACAGAAAGUGGACUCCUGGAGGGGUGGGGCUGGAGUGGGGGAGGGAGGCCGGGCAGGCACAGUACAGGGGGCAGCAGAGGCGGAGGCCUGGUCCUAGCUGUCCCUAGUGUCCGCUGUUUCCUGGGCCCCGUCCUCAGGGACAGCGGGGGAGGUCGGGGAGGGGCUGCCCCCUCCCUGUGAGGCCGCAGAUGAGGAACUCGUGACGUCUCCCCGCUCAUCUCCAGCCGGGCUCUGGGCCUGCGCCCCUCACAGCUGCUCUGCUCCACGAGACGUGAGACGAUGGGUGGCGGGGCCCAGACCCCAGCCCUCACUGCCCUCCUCUGCCUGGGGCUUUGCCGGGCGCCAUGGGAUAAGGCACAGGCGGGGACCCUCCCCAAGCCCUCCAUCUGGGCCGACUCAGGCCCCCUGGUCGCCGUGGGGAGUCCUGUGACCCUCUGGUGCCAGGGGUCUCCGCAAGCUGAGGUCUAUCGUAUGUAUAAAGAGGGCGGCCUCCAGCCCUGGGUAGUGCAAGCCCAGCAGGACUCCAGACACAAGGCUAGCUUUUCCAUCAUCCAGUCCAUGAGCUCCUACGACUCAGGGCAGUACUGGUGUGUGUAUCUGACCUCGCUCGGCCCCUCCCAGCCCAGUGACCCCCUGACCCUGGUGGUGACAGGGAUGUUCCCGGGGCCCUCCCUGUCAGCCCAGCCAAGCCCCGUGGUGGCGUCAGGAGGGAACGUGUCCCUCUCCUGUGGCUCACAUAGGGUGGGCACUGCCCAUCUGCUGAAGGAGGGUGGAGCCGGCCCCCUGCACAGCCCGGAAGCCAGGUUCUCCCAAGUUGCUGGGGUGUGGCAGGCCACCUUCCUCCUGGGCCCCGUGGACAGCACCCACGGGGGCAUCUACAGGUGCUACCGCGCUGAUACUGUGGAGCACCAUGUGUGGUCCCUGCCCAGCGACCCCCUGCAGCUCCAUGUUACAGGGCUGCACAGGGAGCCCUCCCUCUCGGCCCUGCCGGCCUCACUGCUGCUCCUGGGACAGAGCCUGACCCUGCGGUGUCGCUGUGAGCCCAGCUGUGACAGAUACGCGCUGACCAGGCCCGAGGGGGACACGUCCCCCCAGCACCUUGCCGGGCAGCCCAGCCCGGACUUCCUCCUGGGCCCCGUGAGCGGCUCCCACGGGGGCCGGUACAGGUGCUACGGUGGACGCCAGGGCCCCUACGCAUGGUCGGCCCCCAGCAACCCCCUGGACGUGCUGGUUGCAGGAAUGUACAGGAACCCCUCCCUGCAGGCCCAGCCGGGGCCCUCGGUGCCCAGGGGAGCAAUGGUGGCCCUGCGCUGUGGCUCUGAGGAGGCGAUGGACACCUUUCUCCUGCACAAAGUGGGCUCAGGCGCCCCUCCCCAGCGCCUGCGUGUCCUGGGCUCGGCCACAGCUGCUCAGGCCACCUUCAUGCUGGGUCCUGUGACCUCGGCCCACGGGGGCACCUACAGGUGCUACGGCGCCCACAGCACUGAACCCUACCUGUUGUCCCAGCCCAGCGACCCCCUGCAGCUCGAGGUGUCAGGAGGACCGGAGCCCAGCAGCCCCUCGCGCCCGCAGCCAGGCUCCCCGACUGCCUCAGCGCCCGAGGACCACACCCUGGAGAACCUCAUCCGCAUAGGCGUGGCGGGCUUGGUCCUGCUGGGCAUUGGGCUUCUGCUGGCAGAUGCUUGGUACAGCCACAAGAGGACCCGGGCUGCAGGCCAGCAGUGACCUGGAGAGAGGACAGCCUGGGUCAGAGGCCGCUCCCUGGGGGCGGGGAGGGGGUAGUCGGGUGCACAGUGGGGAACUGUCCCCCCUAGUGUGGGUGCUGGGAGCUGUCUGGGGGCGUCAGGAGCUCUUUAUUCAGCUGUGGACUUCUGCCCUGUGGCUGUGCCCUGUCCCGCCUGGCUCUCCAGUGGGACAGCGCCACCUGCAAGCCGCAUGUGGACCCGCACCCGCCUCCGCCUUGCCCCGCCCUCAUGGAGCCUUUUACUCUGUUUCUGGUGAAUGCAGUUCCCAGUGCGCAUGCGUGAGAAUCCGCGUUUCCAGCCAAGAACACGAAGCUUGCGCCAAGUAACAGAAUAAACGAGCGAAAUCGGAUUUCAGGGUGGGCGAGGUCCAUCCCACACGGGACGCUCACGGCCUCUCAGGCCCCGAGUCCUUCCCUGGGCUUGGGACGCCUUGCGUGUGGGGGCUCAGAAGGGUCACACGGGAACUGGUGCCCGGGAGACUGACGGGCGGGUGUCUGGGCACUGCUUAGCGGCCGCUCUGAAACAAGCAUGCUUUCUGUGGGGGUGCCGCUAGCCGUCAUACGGCCACCCUCCAGGAGCCCCUGUGAGGUCUGUGAUGCGGGCUGGGAAGAGACGCCCCCAGCUGCCUUCCGGGUGCCGGGGGCUCCUCCGUCAGGGCCCCGCUGUGCACCUCGGGUUCCUGCCGCGUGAAGGCAGUGCUACUUCCUAGUCAGGGUGACGGCACCAAGUACAAGGAGUCCUCCCCUGAUUCUAUGGAUAAAGUCGGCUGCGUCGGCCCCACCUGCACCAGGUGUGUCUGCUCCCAACCGUCCUGGGGCACGUGGCACACUGCCCUCGGUCUCUGCACAGAGCUCAGUCGGGCUCGGUGCUAAGGGGCUAACAGAGAAGCACGUGGAUAAGGGGAGGCAGCGUGAGGUGGGCGCCUCCCCUGGGUCGGGGUCCAGCUGAGAACAGAGGGCUUCAAGACGCAGCGACCCUGUUCAGGGCUGGCGGCUUGAAUGACUCAAUCCAGGCUGCUUGCUUGCCUCCUGGCCUCUCGCAGCCCGGGCUGAAUCCUGCUCCUGGAACUGUGCCGUCCCCACGCCCCACCCUCUGUCCUGUCCCAAAGCGCGAAUCACACUUGUGCAGGCCCUGUGUUAGUGGUUCUGACUGUGCCAGGACUGGGCGCUCCCCCCGUGCAGAGUAGAAAGCUCAGAGUCUGGACUGAGAUGUCCCCAGCUUCCAGCCCAGGCUUGCGUGGUCUCAGCUGUGGUACUGAGUGGCGAGGGUUCUCCAAGCGCCAGCCCCGCCCUCUGAGAGUGCAGAGCAGAGUCGGGCAUGGGGAGGGAUUCCCGGGGAAGCAGAACUCCAAACUCCAUGGAGGCCAAGCAGUGCCUUAGGGACGAGGAGGGACUGGGAGCAGCUUAGUGAGUGUGGGCAUUUGGGGGGAUGACCAUGGAGCUAGAAGAGUUCAUGUGGGGCCGGCACUGUGGCAGUGCAGGUUCAAUCCCAGCCUGCAGGGCUGCCAUCCCAUAGGGGCCAGGGUUGGAGUCCCAGCUGCUCCACAUCCGCUCCCGCUCCCUGCUAAUGCACCUGGGAGAGCAGCAGAAGGUGGUCCAAGUCCCUGGUCCCUGCACCCGCAGGGGGGAUGGGGAGAAGAUCCUGGUUCCUGGCCCCAGAUAGCCCUGGCUCUGCACUUUGUGGCCACUUGGGGAGUGAACCAGCAGAUGGAAGACCUCUCUCUAUCUCUCUCUCUCUCUCUCUCCCCCCUCUCCCCCUCCCUCCCUCUCUGUAACUCUUUCAAGUAAGUAAAUAUUCUUUU